AUGGGCCCUUCGCUGGAAGCCUUGGACGUCAUUGUUGUGAUACUUUACUUUGUGCUCGUCUUGUCCGUUGGCUUAUUUGCCAUGUGGAAGGCCAAUAGGAGCACGGUGAGUGGGUACUUCCUGGCCGGCCGCUCCAUGAACUGGGUGUUGGUCGGCGCGUCUCUGUUCGUCAGCAACAUCGGCAGCGAGCAUUUCAUUGGCCAGGCGGGCUCUGGAGCAGCGAGUGGCAUUGCGGUGGGGGCCUUCGAGGUCAACGCAAUGCUGGUCCUACAGCUGUUGGGCUGGGUCUUCAUCCCCGUGUACAUCAACUCUGGCGUGUACACCAUGCCCGACUACCUGUCCAAGCGCUAUGGCGGUAACCGGCUCAAGAUGUACAUAGCCUGUCUCUCCUUCCUGCUCUACAUCUUCACCAAGCUCUCAGUGACCCUGUACUCAGGAGCGCUCUUCAUACAGGAGUCCCUAGGCUGGAACCUGUACCUGUCCAUCAUCCUGCUCAUCGCCAUGACAGCGCUGCUCACGGUCACCGGCGGCCUGGCUGCGGUCAUCUACACCGACGCGUUCCAGGCGCUGCUGAUGAUCGCGGGCGCUCUGACUCUGACCGGCAUCAGCCUGGCCAAGGUGGGGGGUCUGGGGGCGGUGUGGACCGAGUACAUGCUGGCCACGCCCAACGUCACCGCCAUCCUGGCUUCCGGAAACUUCACCUACACCAACUCCUGCCGCAUCCAGCCCAAAGCGCAGGCGCUGAAGAUGCUGCGUGGCCCUCUGGACAGGGACCUCCCCUGGCCCGGGUUCCUCUUGGGCCAGACCCCGGCCUCCAUGUGGUACUGGUGCGCCGAACAGGUCAUCGUCCAGCGCGUGCUCGCGGCCAAAAACAUCGCCCACGCCAAGGGCUCGACCCUGAUGGCGGGCUUCCUGAAGGUGCUGCCCAUGUUCCUCAUCGUCAUCCCGGGGAUGGUCUCGCGCAUCCUGUUCGCGGACCGGCUGGCCUGCAUCGGGCCGGAGCACUGCCUGCACGUGUGCGGGAGCCGCGCCGGCUGCUCCAACAUGGCGUACCCGUGGCUGGUGAUGGGCGUGAUGCCCGCGGGGCUUCGCGGCCUCAUGAUGGCGGUGAUGAUCGCCGCCCUCAUGAGCGGCCUGGACUCCGUCUUUAACAGCGCCAGCACCAUCUUCACGCUGGACGUGUACAAGACGCUGCGCAAGGCCUCCUCGCCCCGGGAGCUGAUGGUGGUGGGCCGGCUGUUCGUGCUGGUGAUGGUGGUGCUCAGUGUGGCGUGGGUGCCGGUUGUCAUGGAGAUGCAGGGGGGGCAGAUGUACAUGUACAUCCAGGAGGUGGCCGGUUACCUCACCCCUCCCGUCACCACCAUCUUCCUGCUGGGCGUGUUGUGGAAGCGCUGCAACGAGACGGGGGCCUUCUGGGGGGGCACGGUAGGUUUGGCGCUGGGGUUAAUCCGCCUGGUCCUGGCCUUUGUUUACCAGGAGCCCCCCUGCGAUCGCCCUGACGACCGGCCCGCUGUCAUCAGGGAGGUGCACUACAUGUACGUGGGGGCCGGGCUCUUCUUUCUGUCAGGGCUGGUGGCGGUACUGGUCAGUCUGUGCACCCCGCCCCCCACCGAGGAGCAGGUGCGCAACACCACCCUGUGGGGGCUGCCCCGUCGGGGCCGACAGCCAAUCAGAGACCGGGAGGCGGAGCUUCACGUGCUGAGCUGCAAAAGUGCCGGCCACUCCAACAGCACCGGUGCUGGGCCGACCCCAGUCGCCCUGCUGGCCCCUCCCACAGAGAGCCCGGUCCCCUCGGAACGCGAAGGGAACGGCCACGCCCACCUGCAUUGCCGUGGCGACGACAGUGGCCCAGAGAGGGAGAGGGGGACGUGUCUGAAGGCCGUGGAGUGGUUCUGCGGCUACAAGGAGGCUUCCAGGGUUGCUCUGCCCACAGAAACCCCACCGAACACCUCACAAGAGGAGGAGGACAGGAGGCUGGUUCUGGAGAUGCUCCAUGAGCCUCCCAAAACCAGACUGGUCUUAAACCUGGGUCUGCUGAUGGUGUGCUGCUUGGGGGCCUUCAUGUUUGUCCUUUUCUCUCUGUAG